ACGACGCAGCGUCCCCCGACGCGUCGUCGUGUCGAGUAUUUCGCGGCCGCCGGACUUGUUUGGGAACGCGAAGGGUCGUACUGAUUCAGAGUAUGUGCAGAAUUGGGGUGGCGCUUCAUCGUGUAGGCCGGACAUUGCGCUGUCGACGGCCCCGUAGCUGCACUAGUGGCUGCGCCUGGACUGCUCGCAAGAUGCGGAAGAGUUUCGCCGCGGACGCCGGAAAGGAGCCGUGUAUGCGUUCGUGUCACAGGGAGAGGGACUCGCCGUAGCGGCAGAAGAAUGUUACCAGACAUGUCAGAGGCGUGAAAGUGUGCCUGCCAGCUCCUUUCCCUGUAGAUUCCAAAGUCUGCCCGCGUGUGGUGUCGUAUCGAAACAGAAGGACUUAGGUAUCUCUCGUCCACAGCCGCCGCGACUGCGCCGUUUCGUAUCAAAAUCCACCGGAAACAGCAAAUAGUUGCUCUAGAGCGUUUUUUCACGAGCCAAAUCCCUCCCGCAGAGGUACACGCGGUCCAAGGCGAUCGCAGUGCGGUGGCAGGCGCUGCGGGCACCGCUCUGCUCCUCCUCCCCGACGAACUUUUGAUUGCUUUCAAAGUAGCCAUCGCCGUGCCUCUGUGCCGUUCACCGCAAGUGCCCGCCCAAGAGGCCCGAGCCUAGCCAUGAAUUACUCCGGCGGAACAUCUUCCGUGCCCGGCAAGGGCCAGGGGGGACUGGAACGAAAACCCACCUCUGGAAGCACGAAGAGAACUUCGCCGCAGGACCCUGCCUUGCCCGAACAAUUCUCGGAGCUGGUGUCCUCGGCACCGGACAGUCGCAACUGGCGGGGCAUCGGCAUCGCGCUUCUGGUCAUCGCUGGGGUUUGCGCCCUCAUCGUCACCGCCGUCAUUCUGCUCACUCCCGGGAACACAGCGAAGAUCCUGUCUGCGAGGUCACGUAAGGCCUUAACAGUCAGAGACAGGCCUGUUGUUGGCCUUUCAGAGCUGGCAGGAGACAAGGGACCCCGCGUGAAGCAGGCCAGGAUAUCGCUCGAAGAGGUGCUCCAUGGCACGUUCAACCCGCGCAAAUUCAACGGCUCCUGGGUCUCGGACACCGACUUCGUGUACCGGGACGCAGACGGCGCGCUGGUGCUGUACAACGCUCAGAGCAGGGAGAAGAGGACGCUGCUGCACAACACUACAUUCCGACAAUAUGACGUGCGCAAGUAUUAUGUGUCGCCUGAUCUCAACUUCUUGCUACUUGUCCACGACAUUGUGCCCGUGUUCCGAUAUUCGUUCACCGCAAAGUACAAGAUCUAUGAUUUUUCAAACAGAGAGGUGUUUCCGCUGAAGCACAGCUCGAACCAGGAAGAACUACAAUAUGCUGCCUGGGGCCAAACUGGAAACCAGCUGACGUACGUGUUCGAGAACGACCUGUACCUGAUCCCGAGUGUGGGCGACUCGUCCCCCGUGCGGCUCACGGACACGGGCUCGCCUGGUGUCGUGUUCAACGGCGUGGCCGACUGGCUGUACGAGGAGGAGGUUUUGGGCUCGAGCAGUGCGCUCUGGUGGUCGCCCGGCGGAAGCCGCCUCUGCUACGCCACCUUCAACGACACCGCCGUUAGCGCCAUGAUGCUUCCACUGUACGAGGGGCAGUACCCGGCACUGUUGCCACUGCGCUACCCGAAAGCGGGCUCUACCAACCCGGAGGUUGAGCUUCACGUGGUCGCCGUCACGCACGGCGGAGCUGAGCCUGCCAAGCCUGUGCAGCCGCCGCAGGAGCUGCUCGACAAGACCAGCGAGUACUACGUGACAAUGGUGGCGUUCCUGGACGAAAAGGCGUUGCUCGUUAACUUCUUGUCGCGGGCGCAGAACUGGACGCUGGUGUCGGUGUGCCGGGAGGCCGCCUCGGCCUGGCACUGCUCCAAGCAGGCCGUCGAGACGGCCUCGGGUGGCUGGAUCGAGCUCAGCGAGCCGCCGCUCGUGACUCCCCCGCUGCCAGGGGGCCCCGCCUUCUUCCUUCGGCUGCCCGUGCAGGACGCGCACCACGGCAACUUCCGGCACCUGGCUGCCUUCCAGGACAAGCGGCGCAUGUGGCUCACGCACGGCCCGUACGACACCAUCGCCGCGCUCGCGUUCCGGCCCAAGACGCAGCACUUGUUCUACCGAAGCACGCGCGAAGGCCGGCCCGGUGAGUCGCAUGUGUAUCAGGUGCCGUUCGACAAAGAGGGCACUCAGUCGGUGUGCCUGACCUGCGACUUGGGCGAUCAGUGCCUCUACAACAACGCCUGGUUCUCUCACGACGCCGAGUUCUACGUGCUCGAGUGUCUCGGCCCUGGCGUGCCCUGGGUGGCACUCUACAGCACGGCCGACAAUAGGCAGCUGGAGAUGCUGGAGUCCAAUGCGGAGCUGAGGGAGCUCCUGGAAAACCGUGCCAUGCCUCAAGUGCGCAACCUUGUCGCCCCCCUACCUGACGGAUACAACGCGUCGGUACGGCUUCUGCUGCCGCCGGGACUGCGUGACGAGGAAGUGCUCAAGUACCCGUUCCUGGUACACGUCUACGGGGGUCCCGGGUCCCAGCAGGUGACGGAGCUGUUCCGCAUCAACUGGGGCCACUACCUGGCCAGCCGCAAGGGUGUCGUCUAUGGCCUCGUUGACGGCCGCGGCUCGGGACUCCAGGGCGACCGGCGGCUGCACCAGGUCUACCGCCGCCUGGGCACCGUCGAAGUCGAAGACCAGCUCAGGGUCGCCAGGCACCUCAAGAACGAGCUGUCGUUCAUCAGCAGCGAGCACACGGCCAUUUGGGGCUGGUCGUAUGGCGGCUACGUAUCGGCUAUGGCUCUGGCCAACGGUGGCCCGGGCAACAACGGCAACGACACGCCGCAUGAAAGCGGCUCGGCUGUCUUCCAGUGCGCCAUCUCGGUGGCACCAGUCAGCAACUGGCUGUACUACGACUCCGCGUACACAGAGCGCUACAUGGGGCUGCCCCGCGACAACCUAGCCGGGUACGAGCGUGCAGACCUCACACGCGCCGCCGCCAGGCUCAAGGGAAAGAAGUUCCUGCUCGUGCACGGCACCGCCGAUGAUAAUGUUCACUUCCAACACUCGAUGAUGCUUGCUAAGGAACUGACCAAGAAAGGGGUUCUUUACAGAACUCAGGUGUACCCGGAUGAAAAGCAUGGCCUGAGCCACGUCACUACGCACCUGUACAAUGCCAUGGAAGAGUUCAUUGACGACUGCUUUGAGGGUUCUGACCAUGCUGUGGAAGAGGUUGGUCUGAUGCAAGUGAAGGCCUCGUGAUAGUCCCUAUGCUGCACAGCACCGGGGCGUCUCGUCUCGAGGACCACCCUGACUACUGGCAACAAAAGCAUCACUUUCAAUCAUUGCGUACGCUGGCCAACAAUAGCCAAAGGAAGUGAAACAGAAGCACCCGUUGCUGCACCGGACACCUCUGGCCUCGAAUCGUCAGCAACGCAACCACCGAAUGCCUUGGCGCUCACGCUUCCCCGAUCGGACAACUACAGCACAGAGCUGUCACAGCUGCAACUUUCGCCCUGGCUGCGCAGGGUGACAGUUGACAGAACGCUAGUCAUGCAGCGUCACUUCAGCUGCCGAGCUAACAUGAUGUCCGGCACAAAAAUCACUUUGCUAAGGAUACUCGUUUUUCUGUGCUAGUCUUCUGGUAGAUGUAGCUGGGCAGAAGGAAAAGUCUUAUGGUGCAGCCAACAUGUGCUCCUUGAGUUGUCACAUGCUCUUUCCCGUAUACAUUGCAUGCUGAAUUCUUCUCAACUAUUGAUUGAUGGUACUGGUGCUGCUUAAUGGAAAGAUGUUCUAUAGAAGGACUCCGCAUGGAGGGAUGUUACAGGCUCUGAGAGCCAGCCUUUCAAAAAAGACAAAGAAGGUGACAAAGAAUGCGCAGAUAAUGCGAAUGCACUGUGUAAUGUUAUGGGAUUAGCAUUAGGCUCAGUCCUCAUAUGCCUGUUGAGCUUGCCAUCGUCACUUCUGUGUGGGUAACAAGUUUCGAAAUCAUCAUGAGUGCCCGGUAAUAUUGCUAAUCGUAUGUUGCGUUAACUGGAAAGGCGUUAAGAAACCUAACUACAGAAUAAGUCUAUGUACUUAAGCGAAAUUUACCGAGGCAUAAUGAUAUUGGCGUUCAUAUUUAACUGUCUAUCAUCCUAAUUAUAAGAGGAUAAAUAUAACAAUACUAGGCUAUUUGAAAUUUUAAACCUAGUAUGAGAGCGUAUAGCCAAAAUUAUUUAUUAGAAAACAAAUUACCCAUCUCGCUCGCUUUUGAAGUUCUUCCAAGAUAAUCUUUGUCCGGCCUGGAUUCACUCCUUUAAUUUGCAUCCCUACUAGUUGAUAGAUGGCGGCACGCAGUAAGGCCGGCAGGAGACGUCCUGUGCGAAAAACCAAACCGUUCUCUUCAACAUUUGUGUACAUGGACGCUCCCACUCACACUUGAGAGUCAUAUCUGCACAUUUGCAUCUCUGACAAGUGUUUUCGUUUUCUAUAUGUAAGUAAAAGAUAGAGAUGCAUGCAUAUAAUUAAUCAUUUUUAUCACUAGCAUAGACUUCCAUUAGACCUUCAUGUAUAUAGACAUCACAAACUUAACGACUUGCUCUAUUCUUGAUCAAUUAUAUAGUUUAUGCCCACAUCUAGGAUUUUUCAGCAUUUUACAAGAAGCUUGGCAAGAGAAAUGUACAUAGCGAUUAUCAGUAGCUGAUGUAGAAAGCAAGCCCAACCCUCUAGUUGCCAGACUUUGGCACUUAAAUUACUACUGACCAGUUUCUAAUCAAUUAUCUGUUAGCAUCAGUCUUUCCUUUAUUCUUCUGCCAUAUGUCUUAAAGCAAACAUAUGACGGUGAAACUGUUCAUCACUAUUAGCCUCUCUCUUUCCUUGUUCUGUAUCGAGUGGCAACUGUUGCUUUCUAUUUCACUUCAUUUUUCGCACUGUAUAGAAACCCACCGCAAGCACUCUACGUAAUGGAGCUAGAGUCCAAAGUGGCA